CCUCCUUUUCCCAUCAUAGACUCUCCCAUGACCCAUUUCAUGUCAAAUUUUUAAACAACUCUUCCAUUUCUGCAAAUGACAUAAAAUAACUAGACCAUAUUUUCAGGUUCAGAAGAAAAAAAGACGUAACAUAAAUAUACCCAUCGAUGGUUUCUCUAUGCAACAUUCACUCAACUCAACAAUGAAUUAAUGGCGUUUCAAGGAGAAUUUUUACUACGUUUUACUGAAGUCUAAGUAAAGCUUUAUAUUACUUGUGUGAAGAGAAUUCAAAACGCAUAAGAUUUGUUUGACAUGUCCAAUAACAACAAGGUGAAGGGCAUCCUUAAAGGCCUAAGAUUCAUUUCUCAAAUAUUCGAUAAUGAGGACAAAGAAGAAAUUCAGAUUGGUCAUCCAACGGAUGUAAAGCAUGUGGCGCAUAUUGGAUGGGAUGGUCAUGGUCCUUCUGAUAAUAAUCCCAGUUGGAUGAACGAGUUUAAAUCUGUCCCAGGAAAUUCAUCUGCACAAAAUCAUAAUGGAGACAUUCGUAGCAAAGGAUCAGGCGAUUCAGUUCAAAGUACCCCUGAAGGUUCAAUGGAAAGAGGUUCUAUGGAAAGAGGUUCAAAGUCAUUGUAUUGUCAAGGUCAUGAGGACUCACGUGGUCGUGAGUUAUCCAAGCAAUCUAAGAAACAAUCAAAUUCAAUGGGGCACCUAAGAGAGUCCCAUGGAAAGGAAAAAUCAGACAGACCAAGGAAUCCUAAAAAAGCAUCCAAACAUGCACAGCCAAAUGACUCAUGCAAUGAUCAUUCACAACCCAUGCACACCGAUGCUGAUUCACUCCAACUCCAAGGGGGUGACCAUUUGCCACCCAAAAAGUCUCGCCACAAAAUUUCGAAAGAACACGCUUCCAAUGUUGGUGGUGGUUCCUCCAAAUUGAGAUCAAAACACCCCCACCAUUGUAGAGACACCGAUUCUAAUGAAGAAGGCCAUUCUAGAUCAAGUUCCAAAUCUAGGAACAAACACGGGUCAUUUGAAGAAGAUGGGGAAUUUGAGAGAGAGACUAGGAAACAUGUACUGAAAAGUUGCCCAAAUUAGAGGAGUUUUGUUUUUUAUAGACUUUUUUUUUUUAAUAUAUCAAUUUUUUUUUCUUCUAAUAACCUCAUCCCCAUUUUAUUUAUCAAAAUGACCCAUUUACUAUUUAAGGUAAGAAAUCCGUUGGGGGAACCGAUUUCUCACCUUCAAUUU